GUCCGCGCCUUCAGCCGGCUGAAGCUGAAGGAAUCUGGCUUUCACACCGGGGCUGACCCGCUAUUCCACCUGUCCAGUGGGCUGUUGACACGAGUGGGAUCCACCGCAGGGAGCGCAGCCAUCUGGACCGUGUUUCAGCCGGGAUCCGGGAACUGCGGCGGGAUGGCAGCGCUGGGCAGCGCCGGGCGCCUGCUCCACUUUGCCAGGAGCAACGUUGGGUUGACUUUAAGGAGACGAUCCACGGCUGCAGCUUUAGCUCAGAAUGCAGCUCCAGAAACACAGGAGAGCAGGAAGCCUAAAACUGGAAUCCUGAUGCUGAACAUGGGCGGUCCGGAGAAACUGGAAGACGUCCACGACUUCCUGCUGCGGCUCUUCAUGGACACCGACCUGAUGAAGCUUCCUGUUCAGAACAAGCUCGGCCCGUUCAUCGCCAAGCGGCGCACGCCGAAGAUCCAGGAGCAGUACAGCAAGAUCGGCGGCGGAUCGCCCAUCAAACACUGGACGUCCAUGCAGGGCGAGGGCAUGGUGAAGCUGCUGGACGACAUCAGCCCAGACACAGCUCCUCACAAGUUCUACAUCGGCUUCCGGUACGUGAACCCGCUGACGGAGGACGCCAUCGAGGAGAUGGAGCGGGACGGCGUGGAGCGAGCCGUGGCCUUCACCCAGUAUCCCCAGUACAGCUGCUCCACCACAGGCAGCAGUCUGAACGCCAUCUACCGUUACUAUAGCAACAGAGGAGACAGGCCAAAGAUGCGCUGGAGCGUCAUCGACCGCUGGCCCACACACCCCCUGCUGGUGGAGUGUUUUGCAGAACACAUCAGGAAUGAGCUGCUGAAGUUUCCAGACCAAAAGAGGGACGAUGUCGUCAUUUUGUUCUCGGCUCAUUCGCUUCCAAUGGCUGUGGUAAACCGAGGCGAUCCGUAUCCGCAGGAAGUGGGCGCCACGGUGCAGAGGGUGAUGGAGCGACUGGGACACUGCAACCCCUACAGACUGGUGUGGCAGUCCAGGGUGGGCCCCAUGGCGUGGCUCGGGCCCCAAACCGACGAGGUGAUCAAAGGUCUGAGUGAGCGAGGGAAGAAGAACAUCCUGCUGGUUCCCAUCGCCUUCACAUCGGACCACAUAGAGACGCUGCAUGAGCUGGACAUCGAGUACGCUCAGGUGUUGGCCGAAGAGUGUGGAGUGGAGAACAUCAGGAGAGCCGAGUCGCUGAACGGGAACCCUCUCUUCAUGAAGGCUCUGGCGGAUCUGGUCCAGACCCACCUGAAGUCCAACGAGCCGUGUUCCCGCCAGCUGACGCUCCGCUGCCCGCUGUGCACCAACCCAACCUGCGGCCAGACCAAGGCCUUCUUCGCCAGCCAGAAACUCCCGUAAGGCGCCGCGACGCCGCCGCCACAACGCCGCGCCGCCAAGGUUUAUAUCAAACUCUGGAGACACUAAAGGCCUUCUGCUCAACGACCCGCUGGAAAAAAGCAGCAAAAGUUACUGGAUUUUGUUGCAAGUUCAUUUUAAAUAUUGAUUUUUGGAGCUUCCCUUUGGUUGAAGUCUGUAGAUAAAGGAAUCGACUCUUA